UAUGCUUUGAACACUAAAAACGAUGAACAUGAAGCUGCUAUCCAAGCCCUUAAGGAUGCUCACGAAGAAGAAAUUCAACAAAUUCUUGCAGAGACCAGAGAGAAGAUCUUGCAGUAUAAAAGUAAAGUUGCAGAAGAAAUGGAUCUCAAGAGAAAGAUCCAAGUUUUAGAAGAGUCACUGGAAGAUCAUAAAAAGAUGAAACACCAGGCCUUGACGGAAUUUGAAGCCUAUAAGGAUAGAGUGGAAGAUAUGCAGCUUUGUGCAGAAGCUCAGCAUGUCCAACGUGUAGUGACCAUGUCAAGAGAAGUAGAAGAGAUCAGAAAGAAAUUUGAGGAAAGGCUACGAAGUUUCAUACAGUUGCAAGUGCAGUAUGAGAAGGACAAGCGUACAGCUCUGGAAGACUUGCGAGCUGCCCACAGGCUUGAGAUUCAAGAACUUCUCAAGACUCAGCAGAAUCAGAAUGCUACUUUGAGUAAGGGGCAAGAAAAACUGGAGGAAUUGCAUAGACUGGAGCUGGAAGACUUGAACAAUAAAGUUGAAGAGUUAAGGCUGGAAAGAAAAAAACUCAUUGAGGACUAUGAAGGCAAACUCAGCAAAGCACAGUCCUUCUAUGAACAUGAACUUGAUUCUUUGAAAAGGUCUCAGCUUUUUACAGCAGAAAGUCUGCAUGCUUGCAAAGAGAAAGAAGUAGAGCUAAGAAAAGAAUUUCAAAACCAGGAAAGUGUUUUACGGAAGAAUCUGGGAAAGCUUAAAACUGAAUUGCAAAUGGUCCAGGAUGAAGCUGCCAGUCUACGGGAAAAAUGCCAAAAACUUCAGGUGGCUCUUGGUACAGCAGAAAACAAUGUUCAGGUUCUUCAGAAGCAGCUAGAUGAUGUGAAGGAGGAGGAGAUGUCAUUGUUGAGCAAACACAAAGAAGUGGAAAGUGAGCUAGCAGCUGCUAGAGAGCGCUUACAGCAGCAGGCCACCGAUCUUGUUCUCAAAGCCAGUCACAUUGGAAUGCUUCAAGCUACUCAAAUGACUCAAGAAGUUACGAUCAGAGAUUUGGAAUCAGAAAAGUCUAGGUUAAAAGAAAAACUAUCCCAACUGGAAGAGGAAAGAAACUUACUACAAAGCAAAACACAAAGUCUGGAUGAGCGACAAAGGCAGCAAAUUCUGGCCUUGGAGAAGAAAAUAAACGAAGCAAGGGAGACACAACGUGAAUAUUAUGAGAAGGAGCUGGUAAAAUUACAAGCAAGAUUGGAAGGAGAGGCUGCACAGUUAAAGGAGGCUCAUUCCAAGACCUUGGAAGAAUUGGCAUGGAAACACCACACUGCGAUUGAGGCUGCACACAGUAAUGCUAAUAAGGAGAAGAAAAAACUGCAGCUGGAGCUGGAGCAGCACUUUGAGAAGGAGAAACUGCAUUUGGAGGAUGAUAAGAAUCAGCUCCGACAGGAGUUGGAAAACCUGAAGGAAGAGCUGACAACGAAACUGACUUCUGCCAACCAGGAGGUGUGUCGUCUGCAAGACCUAGUACGAAAAAGUGAACAAGGCCUUGGGACUGCAGAAGGACAUAUCUCCAGUCUUCAAGAAGCUCAGGAAAUACUCCAGAAAGAACUAGAAUUAACUAGAGCAAGGCUGCGGGAGACCACAGACUCGUUGUAUAGUGUUGAGGGAGAACUAGAUCAGGAGAGGCAACAGCACGAGGCAAUGAUUGCUGCCAUGAGAGAAGAGGAAAAGUUCAAAGUUGACAGAAUGGCUCGUGACUUGGAAAUAAAGUGGACAGAGAACCUUCGGCAAGAAUGUAAUAAGCUUCGUGAAGAGCUGCGGCUUCAGCACGAAGAGGACAAGAAGGCAGCCAUGACUCAGCUGUUGCAACUGAAGGAACGUGAAAAAAAUGCAGCGAGGGAUGGAUGGCAAAAAAAAGUUGAAGAUCUUUUAGACCAGGUAACUAUGGUCUCUCUGGGAAUUGGAAGACCGUUACAGUUUAGUUGCUGGUGGUGGAUUUCCAGUUAUGUACAUGAAAUUGGUUGUGACACCUGUCUUUGA